AUGGCGUGUUUUGCUGAAGCACUGGAGUUGCGAAAUCGUAACAAACUCAUGGACACAUUCAUUCAAGUAUCGCGAGACCAUAGUGUUCUCGCGAUCUAUGAGAACACUAAGAUUCCCCGGAUGAAUAGUUCAGCUACCGCUGCAGUACCGGACCAUAAGUUACCAGACACAGGAGAAGGUGGAAUGUCCUACAUGAAAAAGGAAAAGUUAAAGCUAGAACUUAGCUCUAUGCAGUAUUAUGUAACCCAAGAGCAUGGAACAGAAAGAGCCUUCAGUGGUGAAUUCCUAAAAGUCAACAGUGAUGGGACAUUUACUUGUGUUGUCUGUGGAAAUGAAAUUUUCAGAACAUCAGAAAAAUUUGAAUCUAAUUCGGGCUGGCCUGCUUUCUGGGAUGAAGCCAGAGAGGGCUCUGUCACUUUGAGACCGGAUACAUCAUAUCAAAUGGUGCGCACUGAGGUCAUUUGCUCAAAGUGUGGUGCUCAUCUUGGUCAUCUUUUUGAUGAUGGGCCUAAACCAACUGGCAAAAGAUACUGCAUUAACUCUGCAGCAAUGAAUUUUAAAUCAAAGAAGAAAGAAGACUUGAAAUCAGAACUAUGA